GCCUGCGGGGGGUCACGACAUUCCUACCAGAUUGGGCCAACCCAGUAGGCUUGAUACCUCAGAUGCAAAGACUGUCACAACCCGGUUUGUGGGUGACUUGGUACCUCUGAUGCAAAGGCUGUCACGACCCCGUUUGUGGGUGACAUCACGAUCGCCACCCUCCCUCAGGGUCCUCUUGGCACUGCAUCCUAUUCCUUGCAGGUCAGAAUUCCUGGGCAUGGUAAAGCAGCCCAUUUCAAUACAAGCAAGUGAGUUUGAUUCUUCAGAUGAAGAGCCUAUUGAAGAUGAACAGACACCAAUUCAAAUUUCAUGGCUACCACUGUCACGAGUGAACUGUUCUCAGUUUCUCGGUUUAUGUGCUCUUCCAGGUUGUAAAUUUAAAGAUGUUAGAAGAAAUAUUCAAAAAGAUACAGAGGAACUAAAGAGCUACGGGAUCCAAGAUGUAUUUGUUUUCUGCACCAGAGGGGAGCUGUCAAAAUAUAGAGUCCCAAACCUUCUGGACCUCUACCAACAGUCUGGAAUUGUCACCCAUCACCACCCAAUCCCAGAUGGAGGGACCCCUGACAUUGGCAGCUGCUGGCAAAUCAUGGAGGAGCUGGCCACCUGUCUCAAAAACAACCGAAAAACCCUGAUACACUGUUAUGGAGGACUUGGAAGAUCUUGUCUUGUAGCUGCUUGUCUCCUCCUAUACUUGUCUGACUCAGUAUCACCACAGCAAGCCAUAGACAGCCUUCGAGAUCUCAGGGGGUCUGGAGCCAUACAGACCAUCAAGCAAUAUAAUUAUCUCCAUGAGUUCCGGGAUAAAUUAGCUGCAUAUCUAUCAUCAAGAGAUUCACUAUCAAGAUCUGUCUCGAGAUAAUGAAGAUGUCUGAUAUAAGACUACACGUGAAGUUUCCAAGUUCUCUGGCAUAAUUUGUAUUGAAACAAAACUACUAGUGCUACCAUCCUGAAUAUAAAUGUUAUGUGCAGAUACUGCGAAA